UCAGAUAUGGCCCCAUACUAUGAAGCACUCUGCAAGCCGCUUGACUGGCAGAUGGACAUGGAGCUGUUGAAUAAGAUGAAAAAGGCGAAUGAGGAAGAGUUGAAACGUCUCGACAAUGAACUGGAAGAUGCUGAAAAGAUCUUGGGGGAGAGUGAAAUCCGUGAUGCAAUGAUGGCCAAGGCUGAGUACCUGUGCCGAAUUGGGGACAAGGAAGGAGCUCUGACUGCUUUUCGUAAGACGUAUGACAAAACUGUGGCACUGGGACAUCGUCUGGAUAUUGUGUUCUACCUUCUAAGAAUUGGUUUGUUUUACAUGGAUAAUGACCUCAUCACACGGAAUAUUGAAAAGGCAAAAAGUCUAAUAGAGGAAGGAGGAGACUGGGACAGGAGAAAUCGUCUAAAAGUCUACCAAGGGCUUUACUGCGUAGCUAUUCGAGAUUUCAAACAAGCAGCAGAACUCUUUCUUGAUACAGUUUCAACAUUUACAUCCUAUGAACUUAUGGAUUACAAAACAUUUGUAACAUAUACUGUCUACGUCAGUAUGAUUGCAUUAGACAGACCUGACCUUAGAGAGAAGGUUAUUAAAGGGGCAGAGAUUCUGGAAGUGUUGCAUAGUUUACCAACUGUACGACAGUAUCUCUUUUCACUCUAUGAAUGUCGUUAUUCAGUCUUCUUCCAGUCAUUAGCUAUUGUAGAGCAAGAGAUGAAAAAAGAUUGGCUGUUUGCUCCCCACUAUCGUUAUUAUGUACGGGAAAUGAGAAUCCAUGCGUACAGCCAACUCCUAGAAUCCUACCGGUCACUGACGCUAGGGUACAUGGCAGAAGCUUUUGGAGUCGGUGUAGAAUUCAUAGAUCAGGAGCUUUCAAGAUUUAUUGCAGCUGGGCGACUGCAUUGCAAAAUAGACAAAGUAAACGAGAUAGUCGAAACUAACAGACCCGAUAGCAAGAACUGGCAGUACCAAGAAACCAUCAAGAAAGGAGAUUUGCUGCUAAAUAGAGUUCAGAAACUUUCCAGAGUAAUUAAUAUGUAACGCUUUUUAAAAAAUAACGGAAUGCAAAAUGUAGAUGUUUAAGACCAUUUUGGAAGUAAUGUGUACUGUAUGAGUUGAUAUGCGGUAGCUAAGAAAAUUAUAAGUGAGAAGUAGGGUUUUUACAGUCUGCUUCAUUAUGUAAACAACUGAACUGUAUAAACGUUACAGUCAUGGUUUCAGAUCCCAGUUCAUUAAAUAUAUAAUACAGUGGGAUGUAAUGUGCUAUGUUCAUGUACAAUGUUCAGUAUUUUGUUUCAUAGUAAACUAUUAUGUUUAGAAAGCAGGGCUAAUAUUUGAGAGAGAUAUAAAAGAACUAGUGACAGUCCCAGAAUUACUCAUGGGACUUGUUCAUUUGUGCCUAAGAAAACUAGAUAGUUUAACAGUAGAAGGAAAUAGUUACAUUAUAGUAGUACCCAAAGGCUUCUAUAGGGUUUGGGGCCCCAUGGUGGUGGGCACUAUACAGAGAGAUCCCCUAUCCUAAAGGGAUUACAGUCUAAAGACACUGACAGACAAAGAGUAGAGGGUAUACCGCAGCACACACCCUAACCAAUAUGGUACAGAAUGUGCAUAGCUUUGUUAGUUACAUAGAUUGUAGCUUUAAUUGAUUAAAGUAACAUUGCCCUGAAAAUGGUAUAUUUGCUAGCUGCCUACUAAUGCUAUAUGUGGCAAAGAACAUUGAUCGGUUACAUUAUCUGAGCAUUACAGUUGGGGUUAACCACGGAGUUAGAUUUCCAGGUUUCAGAAUGAUGGUAUGAAACAGUGGGAGACACUAAUGCCAUUUGAUACAUCAAUCAGCAGUACAAAUCACACACGGUAGAUAGCCCUGGGCAGUUGCGGAGAAAAAGAAAAUUUUACUCUGGUUCAGGAGUUGUCCCAGUGACACACAGUUCUGUCUUUAACAAGAGCCUCCAGCAGCUGCUUCCACCGUCCUUGCUUGAGUUGGAUGGCUCAGAGCUUUCUCUAAAAAAGAAGAGCUCUCAAGUGCAGUGAUAUUAGCUGAAAUUCGAUUCAAAGUGCUUGGGAGCUACACCUUUUUACCUUGCAUUCAUUGCUGGUCUGAUAUCUGCUAGGGAAGAUGCUCACCCGUGUGCUGAUGGGUAUCAAAACCCUUAUCUGGGAUGUAUGGAAGGGAGUGCAGGUGAAUGGAGGAUAGAGGACCAUAAUUACACUCUAUCUCCAUGUGCCAUGGGGGACUCUGGGCAUCUCCCUAUGUCUGAGUAACUACCACUUUGCUGGCCUGCGGAGGUUAGCACCCUUAGCCACAAGCUCUGCAGGCGAGGGGUCACUUUAUAUCAUGAUGCUGUAGAUCACUCUUCACUGGAUUGUUCUGGAAUUCAUGCUCUAGGAAGUUGGGUCAUCCCCAUCCCCUCCCCCAAAUACCUGAAUUUGUAAUCAGCUGGUUGGGAAAGACAAGGUGGCCAGCUCACCCAUCACUUUUUCUAAGCAAUACUAGUGUGGGCAGUGUUAAAAAAUGAAAAAUAUUUCACACACAUUCCCUGUUUAAAAAAAAAUCCUGAUCUUCAUUAAUUUGCCUUGCGUGGUCUGAAUAAUGGAGGAGAGUGUUGAGAGUUCGUUGCUGUGGCAUCAGCUCAAGCGGUUAAUUACGUGUUGGGACAGUGGUAGGUGCUCUCCCAAUAAUUGCUGUGUUUACAGUGCUGGAGUUUUCAUUUGAAUCCAGAUUCUCUUUUCAUUGUAUUCGCAAGCCUCCCUUUAAUACAGUAUUUCACUCA